GGAGAUUACAUUGCUCUCUCUCUCGCUCUCUCUCCUCUCCUCAAAUCAGAGCUCAAACGUGCAAGAGUUUGAGAAAAAAUGGCGGACGAAGAAGAAUCAGAGCUAAACGAGACGCAGAAGAAAGAUAUUGCCAAAUGGUUCCUCCUCAACUCUCCUCCUGGUGAAAUCCAAUACGUUGCCAAAGAUGUAAAAGCGAUUUUGGAUGACGAUGAACUGUACGAGGAGGCAGCAUCAGAGUCAUUCCCAGUCUACAACAAAUCCCACAUUAUUUCUCUCGAACUGCCUGACCGAACCGGAGACGUGGUCAUUACGUCAUUUGGAGAGCUCGGCAAAAAUGAGUUCCUUGAUCCUAGAACUGCUCAAGUUGCUAUCAUUGAUCAUGUCAAACAAGUUUGUACAGAGGUUAGACCUGCAACGGAUGAGGAACUUCCCUCCCCAUAUAUUGAGGAAUAUCGAUGUGCUCUUGAUGCAGAAAUUCUAAAAUACAUCAGUGAAGCUUAUCCAAAAGGUGUCUGCUCUGUUUACUGUGGGAGUGGAAAAGAUGUGGAGGGUCCAGGAUCUGAUUUUGAACUUGUGGUGGUGAUAUCUGCUGCUAGACACAGUCCACAGAACUUCUGCAAUGGUAGCUGGCGUUCAGUUUGGAACAUUGAGUUCAAAGAUGAUAUUCAACUGGUGGAAUUAAGUGGCAAAUUGCAGGUGGGUGCUCAUUAUUUUGAGGAGGGAAAUGUGCAGCUAGAUGCCAAACAUGAAUGCCAGGAUUCUACCAUCGCUCAGUGUGCAGAAGAUUGUGCGAUUAGCUUAGCCAGCAUCAUCCGUCACCAUGAGACGGAGUACUUGGCUUCUCUUGAGGCAUCCUAUUCAAACUUGCCAGAUACCACUUUCAAGGACCUUCGAAGAAAGCUUCCAGUUACACGCACACUCUUUCCUUGGCAUAACACCAUGCAGUUUAGCUUGACAAGGGACAUUACUAAAGAACUCGGCAUUGGAAAGUGAACAUUGUGCAUCAUGAGCUGCUGCUUACUCAAAAUGGCAAUUCUACUAAGACAGCAAGUUCUUCCAUUGGCUCUUACUUAUCUUGAUUAUUGAAUGGUUAUUAGCAAUAGCAUUGAUUGCUUUUUCUCUCUAUUUCUCUCAAGUCAUUGGCGUCACAAACAGUCAUCUUGAAGUCAGAAGUUUCUGAUCCUCAGUUUUGGUUCAUUUGUUAAUGUAUUGUCAAAUUUCAGCUUGUGUAUAGCAAAGCAGUGAGACUCUGGUUCUGUUCUUUUUUUACUUCUUUUUAGGGAAAACAAAUUGUGGUGUCUGGAGAGGAGAGGAUAUUGAGGGAGUUUGUAGUUUGUACUGUAUUACAUAUCAUAUAAUAUAAAAAGAAGUGGCUUAAAAUAUCGGUUGCCCUAUCAUUUUCAAUCAA